CCGAUCAUGUGACGGUUUAAGCGAACUACCAGCCCUAUGGAGAGAGAGUGAUCGCGUGUGUGUAAGCGUGUGUGUGUGUGUGUCUGUGUGAGAGAGAAAAUGUGGAGGCGUACAGCAAUGCAAAGACCGUGAUGUGGAGUUACAUUGCCAUUACGCACUAUUACGCACUGUUAGCAACUUUCAAGAGAAGAGCGCACGUCGCAGAGGAGCGGAGUUUUGGAUUCCUCGCAUACAAGAAGAAGACAGAAGUGUUUCAUCAACAUUUAGCCAAUCUCCAGCAGAACAGAUUGAUCUUCAGAGCAGAGUCCAGCUGCCAUUCAUCCGCACAGGAAUGGUGGAUCACUUGCCGCUUGGUGAGGAGACCUUCUUGUGUUAUACCGGCUCCCCGGGGUCUGACUACAACUGCCUCGGUCGCCACACCAGUGGUGGUGCGUUGCCAGGCAUCAUGGUAACUGACGCAUGCAUCUACGACCACCACCACCACCCUUACCAAGGGGUGACGCUCUCCUACUCCCCUCUCCUCUCGGAGGAUGACCUCAGCGACUCCUCCAGCCCUCGUUCCUCCCUCUGCUCCAGCCCCGAGUCCUCGUCACCCACGUUGUGCCACGUCCUCGGCUCCAGCUACGAAAGCAGGAGCAGCAGGAGCAGUGGGAGCUGUAGCUCCUCAGGCGGAGAGAGUCAAGACAGCCUGCUGGACCUGCUCCUCUCACAUACUUCCCUCACCACCUCAAUAAGCUCUAAUGCCAGCAGCAGCUCUCACUCUUCCUCUCUAUCCCUAUCCUCCCCACCCUCAUCUGACCCUCUUUUACCCAUGGGCCUGACCUGGGAGUCCAAGAGAGAGCAGCGGUUGACUCUCCUCCAUCAGCAGGCCAAAGAGGACUGUUACGAGUUCCCUGUCUUCCUGGACGAGCUGCAGGAUCCUGCGGCGCUCCUCUUUCAGCCUACCUUGGAGGAGAUCGAGGAGUUCCUUGAGGAGAACAUGGUGGUGGCAAUGGAGAAAGAAGAGGAUGGGAGCGAUGAGGCGAUGUCACCAAUGCCCGAGGAUGCAGAGGCGGAAAGUACGAGGACAUUAGCAGGAGAACUGGUAUCACAGAACUCAGAUCAGACUGUGCCCGUGGCUCAUUCUCCACUCUCCUCCUACACAGAGACCAAACAUACACCAUGUGCAUUUGGCAUGGACAGCUCACCAUCAGCAGUGGAUGUUACUAGUUCUAGUUCUACUAAUAGUGUUGAUGCGAUCAAACAGGAGGAUUGUGGUUCACCAGCAGCCUCAUCAGAAGGUACCAGUGCCUCCAGUGUGCCUGUAAUCCUACAAAUCCAGCCCAUACAGAUCAAACAAGAGCCCAACCUUAGUGCCAUAUCAGAUGCUGUCACCCAGCAAACCCAACCGCCAAAAACCCAAUCCCAGCCAAUCCAGGCCCCGUCGGACAUCAAAAUCGCCCAACUCCUGGUCAACAUCCAGGGGCAGACCUUUGCCUUGGUGCCUCAGCUGCUUUCCCCAACAAACCUUACUGGCUCAAGCAAAAACGGAAGCAUAGUUUCACCCAAAUUUGUGCGGAUCGCACCAGUGCCCAUUGCUGCAAAACCCAUUGGGCUUGGGGAAGGUGGGUUAGGCGGAGGCUCAACUGCAGGGGUCCUCGUUGGAGGUCAGAGGUACCAGAAGAGUGCAGUAGCAGACCUCAUUAAAAUGCACAAGUGCUCUUUUCCUGGCUGUAAUAAGAUGUACACCAAGAGCAGCCACCUAAAAGCCCAUCUGAGGAGACACACGGGGGAGAAGCCCUUCGCCUGCACGUGGCCCGGCUGUGGAUGGAGAUUCUCCCGGUCCGACGAGCUGUCCCGACACCGCCGCUCCCACUCGGGAGUGAAACCAUACCAGUGCAUCGUCUGUGAAAAGAAGUUUGCCCGCAGCGAUCACCUGUCCAAACACCUCAAAGUCCACCGCUUUCCACGAAGCAGCAGGACAGGACGCUCUGCAAACUGACUCUUCUGACCCCACUCUGACAGAAUGACGCUAAGCGAAGAGGGGGGGAGGGGGCUGUGCUCGUGUACGUGCGUGUGUAUAUGUGUGUGACGAAAGACAGAGGACGGGGGGGUGAAAGUCCAAACACAUCCGUGCAGGACUCUUGAGCUCGUGUGUGUUUAUGUCCAAAUGUGUACAUGUGACGUACAUUCAUGGUACUGUUCUAAUUUAUUGGGUGGUGAGGAAAAGACUGUAAAAACUAACGUAAAAACAGAAAACUGUUACUUGACACAACACCCUCGCAGGUGGAAUAAGCUUCUUGUAUAUUACAACUUUGUUUUUUGUCUCACUCAAAUCUUGUAGCUGAUCUAAUUUGAAGAAAUAUUUGCUACUCAGAGUAUUUUUACACUUUGAGAUGUGUGUUAUUGGUAUUGCUGGAGUCAAAAGCCUUAUAUAAAUAAAUAAAAAAUGCAUCACUAAGGGGUCUGCUACUAUUUAAAAAAACCCAAUUAUUUUUUUUUUACCUUCCUGGAGCCAAAUGAUGUUUUAAAGUAAAUAGCAAAAACUCAUCGCUCAAUGGCUUGAAUUGAAUUUGUUUGCCCAACAACAAGAGCUUACUGGACAUUGGGAACUGUUGGGGCCUUGGUUUAAUUCUUCUUCUAUAGACGGCAGAUUAAAUGAUGCAUCAACAUUCCUGUAGCUUUGAGUAAGUGUCUUUGUUGCCUUUGAGUCUCACUACAAGAAACAAACACUGUAGUAACCUCAAACACAAGAACAAUGUUUAUGUUCAUGUUGAAAUACUGCUCACCAACAAAGAUCAUGUCACUCUGCAAUUUGCACUGGCUCACAUGACAUUUGUUGUUGUCUGCCCACACUCACUAUUUUGUGUAGUUAUAGUCUGACUUAAUCCACUGUUCUGUAACACCUUUUUUUGGAUUUUUGUUUAUCAGAACAUUUUUAUGGUCUGUUUGAAUCAAAACAAAUUGAGGUGCAGCUGCAUCCAAUUUAUUAUCUGCGGAAUAUUUCCAUCCAAGUUUGAAAACGUAAAAAGUAUUUACGGAAGUAUGCCUGUUGUCUCUCAUGACUCGUAUAACUCAUGAUAUAUCACAACAUUUGUUUUCUGGUUUUGUGAUGCCAUAUCAUUUAUUGCUUCAUGUCACUUUAUUGACUUUAUGUCACUGCUGUCAAGAAAAAUAUGUAAAAUAAUGCAAGAUGGUAAAUUCACAUUGCUGAGAGGCACAAGGCAAUGCUGGUGUCCGACACAUUGAUUCACACCAAUUCACACUGGUGUUGAACAUACCAAACUCUUGCCUCCUCUCCUGCCAAAUCAAAAUCCUUUUCUUUCCCUCUUCUGUCCAUAGAUUCAUUUCAAUACAACUGAAUACAUAUCAAAUGAAAUGGAAUGAUUUACAUAUCACAUUUAAGUGGAUUUGUUUUGCACUUGUUGCCCAUUUCUUGAGACUGGAAUUAUGUACCGUUACAUCAAAUAACAACUUUAUCCCGGACCACGGAAAUAAAUGUAUGAAAGCGAGCCAAUGUAACUUUUGCUGAAUAGCAGCCCCUGUUGCCACAAAUGGCAAUUACAGAAUAAUAGUGCAUGGUGAAACGUAGCAUAACAGUAGCACAAGUAGAGAAGAGAAAGUCACCGUAAGAUACUGGUCAUACCAGACCAAGAAGGACUGUGUCUACUGAAUUUGAAAAGGGAGUGCUUUAUUGCUUAUAAAUUACACUUUUUGAAUGUGCUAUGUCUUCUUUCAAAAGUUAUGUAGACUCACAUUAACAUAUGAAAUAUUUUGUACCUUUCUUGAAGAGGCAUCAAGUAAAAUAUGGCUCUCUCUUCUCUUGCCAAAUCAAGUUGUGUUUCCUAUUCCUUCAACAAAUUAACAAAAGAAAUUAUGUGCAUAUCAAAUUUAACUGGAAUUUGUUUGUACUUGUUUGCCUUUUGUUAAGACUGGAAUUGUUUGCCUAUACAGCAUCAAAUAACAAAUCAAAGGGAAUAUUUAUGAAUCCCUUUCAUUUACUCUGGUCUUAUUACAUGUUACAGAAUAUUCGUCAAAGGUAAAGUGGAAAUUGAGGAGUAUUUAAAAAACACUAUUAUCUGUCUCUGAUCUUGAACAUAUCAGAUCUCUUGCCAUGAAAUGAGAUGCCUUUGUCUUGUACUGUAAGGGAACAGUGACUGUUUUUUUGUCAUUACACAUUAACCUGUAUAGAUUGCUUAGUGUGCGUCAUUGUGCAUCUCAAUUGAAUUAAACCAAAUGUGUCUUGGGAGGGACGCAAAAUGCUCCGUUGUCAGUUGUCAGUUCCGACAUGGUUUCCUGUGCCAUAGAAUCGAGGAUCAGUUGAAAACAUUCAGUAUUGAAAAUGUUUGAAGAAAGGAAUGUUAAAGUUUGAACUGGAACAGAGUUGUUUUUGGAAGUGUUUGAUAUGCUGAAACCUACAAUGAUCAGCAGCUGAAUGAGACGCUGUAUGGAAGAAGUGUAUUAUCGAUGUCAGGCAUUCCUUCCAUACAAUCAGAAGAAAUCAUUUUCUGAAUGGGUGUCAUAUGAGAGCCCAAGAAUGUAUGUAAAUACUGUAUAUGCAUCUGAAAGGAGAACUGAAAUAUUCUUCUAGUGAUUUCUGUGAUUUUGAAAGAUUUUUUAAGAAUAUGUAAAGAAAGAGUACAUAACGUGAUAAUUCAAAUAUAUAGUGACAAAUGUGGUAACUUUGCUUUUUUUGUCAGGUUUUACAACACAUUUAUUAAAAGGCUCAUGAAAUGUUUCACAAUAUAUAUCCAUGGAUCAGAGUUUAUAAUACAUUUUUCCCCAUGCCUUUCCUUAACAUGUUCUUGUCAAGUGCAAAUUCCAAUGAAGCAUAAUGUAUUUUUGAAACGUGAUGGGCAUGUUGUGUGCUCUGUAAAC